AUGAAUAAGGAAGUGUGUGAAAAGUUCGAGAACCUAUGGAAUGAUUUUCCCGAUAAAUUGGAGAAUAAUAAAUAUCAUGAAUUUAAAGAUAAUAAUUUUUUAAAUAGUUAUUGUAAUAAUAAUAAUUGUGAAGGUAAUCUCGAUAAAAUUAAUGCUGGAUGUUUAUUUUUGUUUAAUAAAUUCUUUGGGAGUUCUGGUGUGUUUAAGGAUAAUGCAAAAAAUUAUAUCAAUGCUGUUGAAUACAUUAUCAUAUGGUUAAGUCAUAUGUUAAACCUAAAGGAUAAAAAAGGAAACAUUCUAAAAAAUUUUUAUGAAAUAUAUAUAAAAAAUCAAGAAAAGUAUAAAAAUACUAUAGAUGGUGUUGAUGGUUGUAGAAAUUAUAAUGAUCUUAUAUAUAAAAAAAAAGAAUUGAUGGAAAUUACUAAUGAAAAAUUGUCUAAAUUUUAUGCUCCAUUUAAAUCAUUAUGUAACAUGUAUAAUGGAUUUAAUGAUAGCACGUCAGAUUGCACAAAAUAUUUGAAUGAUGCUAAUGAAUUUGCUAAUAAAUAUAAAGAUCUUAAUGAAGAUUCUAGUAUUACUAGUGAUAGUUCCUGUAAUAAAAUAUUGUGUACUUUAUCAAAUGAUUAUGAUAAUUUUAAAAAGAAAUUCAAAGACAGUUCAUCCUUUCCAACGAUAAAAAAACCAAAUAUUAUUCCAAAAUGUCCUGAACAAAUUUCUGAACAAAAUUUAAGAAGUUCUGGAGUAAUUUCUGAAGAUGUGGCAUCAAGUUCGUCGAUAACAAGCAAAUUAUUUACAGUUUUAUCGAUAUUUGGUGCAAUAGCAUUUUUUUUAGGAAUUUCUUAUAAGUAUUCGUUAUUUGGAUUUCGGAAACGAUCUAAAAAACAACAAAUAAGAGAAAAAAUAAAAAAUAUAAAGAAGAGAAUGAACAAAUAA